AUGAUGUACAACGAUUUGUAUACAGAAUUGCCCAUGAAAUGUCCCAAAACUGACGCCUCAUUUAUAUCUCGGCUGACAUUUUCAUGGUUUACGCCAAUGAUUAUGAAUGGCUAUCGAAACACACUGACCGCUGAAGACAUGUGGCCACUGGAGGCCCACAAUACGGCCGAUGAUUGUGUUCAACAAUUCAACAAACACUGGCGCCCAGUGACGGAAAACAAGGUGAACGGGUCGGUCAAUAUAUUGGGUCCAAUUCUAAAGACAUACGGUCCGAGUUUAGCGCUUAAUUCGUUGUUAAAACUGUUGUCAACUCUACUUACACUCUCGCAACCCGUAAUACUCGACCGAUUGAUCGGGUUUUUGACUGCCAGUGGCCCCACAGUGACCGCAACCGAACCCGAUUGGGUCGGCUAUAGUUAUGCGCUGUUAUUAUUUAUGUGUCCGGUGUUGGCCUCAGUGCUGGACGCACAGCACGGCUACUGGUCUGAUGUGAUGGGAAUGCGUAUCCGGACAUCGAUUACGUCUAUAUUAUAUGAAAAAACAGUAAAACUGUCGACCGAUGGCCGCAAACACACCACCGCCGGUGAUCUGGUAAACAUGGUAUCCAAAGACAUGACGUUUAUCACGCUUUUCCUAACGCUAUACGACAUAAUAUGGUCGAGUCCGCUCAAAUUGAUAGUAUCGAUCGGCUUGUUGUGGGCACAGUUGGGUGCGGCCAGUCUGGUGGGUGUGAUCAUUAUCGUAAUUAUUGUGCCCAUCAAUACCUACAGAACUACAAUUAAGAGCCGCCUUUUGGCUGAGCUACAAAAGCUGACCGCCCGUCGAGUGUCCGUUAUUACCGAGAUAUUAAACCACAUAAAAGCGUUGAAGUUAUACGCGUGGGAACAGUGUUUUAUGGAUAAGGUGUCGGCCCUUAGGGAUAGGGAAGUAAAAAUGUUGGACCAGUUCUUAAGGACUCCUAUUGUCGUCAAAAACAGUUCAUUCAAAUGGGAUAACAAUUGCGACGAUUCUGUGCUCAAGAAUAUCAAUAUAGAGAUAGAGAGUCAGUCAUUGGUGGCAGUUGUGGGUCGUGUGGGCGCCGGCAAGUCGUCCCUAUUAUCGGCUUUAUUGGCAGAUAUGGACAAAAGUGAGGGCUCUGUGAAUGUGAGCGGACGGACAGCUUAUUGUCCACAACAGGCGUGGAUUCAAAACACAACUCUUCGACAGAAUAUUCUGUUUAACAAUAAAUUGAAUGAAAAGUUUUAUAACAAAGUUCUCGAUUCGUGUGCUUUAAGACCCGAUUUGUCGAUCUUUUCGGCCGAAGAUAUGACAGAAAUCGGAGAAAAAGGGAUCAAUUUGUCCGGCGGUCAGAAACAGAGGGUUUCACUCGCGAGGGCUGUCUAUUCCUCGGCAGACAUAUAUCUAUUGGACGAUCCGUUGAGUGCUGUCGACCCACACGUCGGACGACAUCUAUUUGACCAAACAAUUGGUCCGAAAGGACUUCUUCGCCACAAAACACGUGUUUUAGUGACAAAUAAGGCUCCGCUCAAAUUGAUAGUAUCAAUCGGCUUGUUGUGGGCACAGUUGGGUGCGGCCAGUCUGGUGGGUGUGAUCAUUAUCGUAAUUAUUGUGCCCAUCAAUACCUACAGAACUACAAUUAAGAGCCGCCUUUUGGCUGAGCUACAAAAGCUGACCGCCCGUCGAGUGUCCGUUAUUACCGAGAUAUUAAACCACAUAAAAGUGUUGAAGUUAUACGCGUGGGAACAGUGUUUUAUGGAUAAGGUGUCGGCCCUUAGGGAUAGGGAAGUAAAAAUGUUGGACCAGUUCUUAAGUAACCACCGUCAACACCCAGCACACCCGCGGCCGUUCAGCAGGGAUAAUAGCCGAAAUAACCCAGAUAUGGACAAAAGUGAGGGCUCUGUGAAUGUGAGCGGACGGACAGCUUAUUGUCCACAACAGGCGUGGAUUCAAAACACAACUCUUCGACAGAAUAUUCUGUUUAACAAUAAAUUGAAUGAAAAGUUUUAUAACAAAGUUCUCGAUUCGUGUGCUUUAAGACCCGAUUUGUCGAUCUUUUCGGCCGAAGAUAUGACAGAAAUCGGAGAAAAAGGGAUCAAUUUGUCCGGCGGUCAGAAACAGAGGGUUUCACUCGCGAGGGCUGUCUAUUCCUCGGCAGACAUAUAUCUAUUGGACAAUCCGUUGAGUGCUGUCGACCCACACGUCGGACGACAUCUAUUUGACCAAACAAUUGGUCCGAAAGGACUUCUUCGCCACAAAACACGUGUUUUAGUGACAAAUAAGGCGUCAGUUUUGCCAGAAGUGGACAAAAUAAUUGUCUUAAAAGAGGGAUCCGUUUGUGAUUUCGGAUCAUUUGAUGAACUGAUGGCCAAAAGGAUCAAUUUGUCCGGCGGUCAGAAACAGAGGGUUUCACUCGCGAGGGCUGUCUAUUCCUCGGCAGACAUAUAUCUAUUGGACGAUCCGUUGAGUGCUGUCGACCCACACGUCGGACGACAUCUAUUUGACCAAACAAUUGGUCCGAAAGGACUUCUUCGCCACAAAACACGUGUUUUAGUGACAAAUAAGGCGUCAGUUUUGCCAGAAGUGGACAAAAUAAUUGUCUUAAAAGAGGGAUCCGUUUGUGAUUUCGGAUUAUUUGAUGAACUGAUGGCCAAAAGUGGAGAAUUCGCUGAAUUUGUCGCCGAAUAUGUUGUAAAACAGGAAUCCGAAGACAUCGAUGAGAAAGAGCGACAAAUUCUGGCAAAACUGAGACAAACAGUGAAACCAUUAAUUGGGAGACGAGAUUCACAUCAAUCCGAUGCCACAGAAGACAGUGUCCAUCGGCUAAGACGUCAGAUAUCCGGGAAUCAUAUCAAUAAACCGAUUAAUGGACACAAUUGCCGACAACUGAAUGGCAAACUGAUCCGAGAUGAAGCCACAGAGGCUCCUACAGCUCAAAUGGACGUGGUUAAGAAAUACGCUCAAUUGAUUGGCUACCGAUGGAUAGUCACUAUACUAUUGCUAUAUAUUGUUGGCAAUGCGGGGACAGUGGCGUCGGGUCUGUGGCUUAGCCAAUGGUCUACCGAUGCUGUCGGUCACGACACAUCUGACCAGAGCUGGUGGCGUAACCAUAGACUGGCUAUGUUUGCAAUGUUUGGCUUAAUUGAAAUGAUGUUCAUUGUUUGCGCUCAACUGACCGUUAGUAUGGCCUGUGUUUCCGCUGCCAAACAAUUGCAUAAUCUUAUGAUUGAACGUAUGAUGAGAGCGACCAUCAAUUACUUCGACACAACACUAAUUGGUCGUACGCUCAACCCUUUCGCCGAAGACAUGAAUCUGAUUGACACCGAAAUCUAUUUUCACUUCAGACUAACGUUUAGAAAUUUUUUCACAACAAUCGUAUCGUUAAUUAUGGUAUCAUUGAAAACACCACUAAUACUGCUGGCAAUCCUACCCAUAAUCGCGGUGUACGUGUGGUGUCAAAGGCUAUACAUCGCAAGCCUACGACAGAUGCGAUAUAUGGACUCCGGCGCCCGAACACACAUUAUAAGCCACUUCGCGGAGGUAUACAACGGGACGGCAGUUAUCCGGGCGUUUGGCGCCGACCGUCACAUUCGCCGGGAGUCGCGCCGACGUCUUGACGCUCACAACACGUGUCAAUACGCGCUACUCGUGUCCAAGCGAUGGCUGGCCGUACGGCUCGAGCUGUUGGGCUAUAGUAUAGUGUUAUUGUCGGCGGUGUUUGCCGUCGCCUUCAGGCAUACGGUGGACGCCGGAGUGGCCGCUCUGGCCAUCACUUAUGCCGCGAACAUCACUCAUGUUAUGGGAAGGUUUGUGUUGGGAUUGACCGACACUGAGACCGAUAGAAUGGCUGUCGAGAGGUGUUUGGCGUUAACGCAAAUACCAAUUGAGGCCGAGUGGUAUAAAAAGGUCAAACCUGCGACCGAUUGGCCGACAAUGGGUUGCAUUGAGUUUACAGACUAUUGCACUAAAUAUAGAGAAGGUUUGGAUUUAGUGCUCAAAGACAUAGCAAUUGACAUAAAAGGCAGACAAAGAGUUGCAAUCGUCGGCCGCACCGGCGCUGGAAAGUCGUCCCUCGCGUUGGCUCUCUUCAGACUCAUUGAGCCGACGGCCGGAACCGUUACCAUCGAUGGCGUCGACUGCUCUACCAUUGGUUUGCAGGAC